AUGUUCUCAAAUUGGCUUCAACUACCAAGAAGGCGUCACAAAGUCUCGCCGGAAUCUCCCAAAUGGCCAAGACAUUUCUCAUGUUCGUCAUUCAAAGACAUUCAAGACCUCCUCUUCACCGACAACCCUUCGCCGGAACUCUACUCUCCUAGAAGUCAAAUCAUUCAUCGACCUCGAAGCCCCAAGAUUCACAAUUGCGUCUCACCUCCUACUAUCGUCCCGCCAACGAAGACCCUCUUCUCAGUCGUUGACAUCCCCAACGCCGACCACCGUGGCGUGGUUCUCUACUACACCAGCCUCCGAAUCGUGAGGAAGACAUUCGAAGAAUGCAAAUCCGUUCGAUCAAUUCUCCAUAGACUCCGGAUCCCAGUUGACGAACGAGAUUUGUCAAUGGAUUCGAAAUUUCACGAUGAGUUACAAGAUAUUUUGGGGAUGAAGAAAGUGAGGUUGCCUAAGAUUUUCAUUGGAGGGAGAUACAUCGGCGGGAUGGAAAAGGUCAUGCAGUUACAAGAGAGCGGCGAGCUGGAGAAGAUGAUCGGCGCAUUACCACCCUCAUAUGGGAAAUUCGGGGAGAUAUGCGAUUUGUGCAGAGGAUGGAGAUUUGUUCUUUGCGAGAGGUGUAAUGGUAGCCACAAGAUCUUCUCGGAGAAAUCCGGAUUCACGACGUGUACGGCUUGCAAUGUGCAAGGUUUGGUCAGGUGCUUGAAGUGUUUUCCGACGAUUCACCGACGACGGAACUCUGAUUGCUAUGGUGGGAGAAUUUGA